AUGAAACCCCUUGGCAGUGCUGAUAACACUACAAUUGUUAACAUUAAGAGAGACACCAAACAUACCGGAUUUUCUGGUGCAAAUGUUGUCGGGAAUCUCCCAAAUGGAGGAUCGGUUACUGUAGGCUUCUAUGGCAACGGCACAAAGUAUGAACGCACUGUCACACCAAAUACCUCUAUCACUUCAUGGACCAUUCCAUAUAUUGAACGAACUUUUCAAGUUUCGUCCACUAACGGAAAAGAUGGAGAGUACUAUGUGCAAUAUUUCGUGUCUGAAGGAUCGUUGAACGGAUCAAUAGUCACGACAACAUCACCCCCACCAUCAACGACUUCAAAAUUUAGGAUUGAAGCGACAACGACUUCCAAAUUUAGGAUUGAAGCGACAACUAGAUCCACCGGACUUGUUCGAUUUGUUUUAUCUAUGGCUACUUUGAUGAUGUUCUGGUUGUAA